GGCCCACAAACUCUACAACCUGUCAUGCAAUUUAAAUGUAAAUUAUUUUUGCAGAAUGAAACCUCAAGUUGGAGUCCCUUUGGGUCAGUGUCUAUGCGAAUAUCCCAACAGAUUCCGAGCAAGCGAAUGCAUAUUUAUAUUGAGAAUGAGAAGAACAAACUUGUUAGUUCUGUUGUACGCAGUGGAAAUGUGGAGAAGGUUGGAAACAAGAAGGUUACGUUCUUACUAAAAAAUGAACAAGAAAGGACAAGUAUGGUAUAUAUGAUUCAACUCAAAGACGAGAAGACUGCCGUAAAGACGUACGAUUAUCUU